AUGUCACUCUACAGGGUAUUAGGGGGUAUCUACAUAAGCUCUGCAGAGCCCCUUUACGAAGGUUUGGAUAUAAGCAUGGAGCACGGAAUAGAGCAUGUUAUUUCGGUACAGAAACAAAGUGUACCUGAGUCUUAUACCAAAACUCCUUAUCGUCAUCUUCAAAUUCCAGUGGAUGAUGAUGAAACGACUAAUAUAAUAGCAUUUUUUGAGCAAACUAAUCGUUUCAUAUGUUUUGCACUUUAUGGGAAUCCCGACCAGAUACCAAAGACCGCAAAACUAGCCAAGCAUAAAUCUAAGAUUUUAAUACAUUGCAAUGCUGGGUGUUCUAGAUCUCCAGCAAUUCUGGCAGCUUUUCUGAUGAAAUACUAUCAAAUGAGCUUGAAAGUUGCACUUUAUGCAAUGAGACGAGUUAAGCCAAAUGUUCGCCCGAACGAUAACUUUUUACGUCAGCUGAAACUAUACGAAGAGCUACGUUGUCAGGAUAACCCGAAAAUUCUGAGUAGUAUUCCAAUAUACAAGCAAUUGGUAUUGGAACUUGGCUGCAAUAAUUAUGAGGAUAUUCUUGAAUCUGACGACUUAUACGGGGAUGAAGCGACAAAUGUUGACGUAUCGAGUGUUUUGAGGUGCAAGAGAUGUAGGCCUCGCUCAUACGAGAUCCCAUAG